AUGCUUUUUCCAUGGGAGUUUUCUGGUCGUGUGAAUCGUGCAGUAUCUUUGCAAGAUGAUCAUGACGUGAUAAUCUCAAAAUGCAGGGAAAUUAUGGAAGCAUUCUGUAAAGAAAUGAAAAACCUAGCGAUGAUCAUCCUAUGCCAAUUGGCGAAGGCUUUAAGGAUGGAUGAGAUGGAAAUGAGAGAACUAUUCAGCGAUGGAGUGCAGUCAAUGAGAAUGAAUUAUUAUCCACCUUGUCCCGAACCACACAAAACCAUUGGCUUUAGCCCUCAUUCUGAUGCUGAUGCCCUCACCAUCCUGUUCCAGCUAAAUGAAACUGAAGGUCUCCAAUUCCGGAAAGACGGUAUUUGGGUUCCCAUAAAACCCCUCCCAAACGCUUUGAUUGUGAAUAUUGGCGAUAUUAUGGAGAUAGUGAGCAAUGACGUUUAUAAGAGCAUUGAGCACAGAGUUAUUGUAAACUCAAACGAAGAGAGGCUCUCUGUUGCAACAUUCUACAGCUCCAACCUUGACUCCGAAUUGGGACCUGCACACAGCCUAACUGGACCAAAUAAUCCUCCAAUUUUCCAAAGAGUUCCUGUGGAUAAAUAUUUCAAGGAUUUUUUUGCACGUAAACUUGAUGGGAAAUCGUACAUUGAUUUUAUGAAGGAAGAGGCAAGGGAUGGCAAGUCGUAG